AUGUCUUCUCGAUACUCUGCGGCGCGGCCCAAGCGAGCGGGCGAGAAUUUUGCUCGAACGCACUAUAACAACGAGGAGGACACGAAGCGAGUCAAGUUUGAUGUGCGCAAUCCGUCCAUCUUGGCGCCAGACGCGCGAGAAGACGAUGCGGUUCUCGACGCCGACGUCAUAGGUGGCAGCGGCGCCACGAAACGAGGUGCUGUGAACCUCGACGGCUACGACAGUGAUUCCGACAAUGAGAAUUUCAACGCGCGAGCAGGCAGCCGCAAGAAGGGAGCCGUCAAUAUUCUAGAGCAGCUAGACAACUACGACGCCAAAGAAGGCAGCAACAAGGAACAGGCGGGCGGACCUAUCAACGAAGAUGACGACGAUGACGACAUGUUCGCGGCCGAAAACGACGACGAGCCAGGAAAAGAAGAAGCUAAUGGAGAGGAUGAACACUUUGAAAAGUCUGGUAGGAAGAAGAAAGACGUCAAGUUUCUCGAUGACGCCCAGAUUCAAGGCCAAGAGCAAAAGAGCAAAAGUGGCGGCACCAUCCGCCUGGACGAGCGGGAAAGCAGCGACGACGAAGAUGAUCUGGAGCUUGCGAUCCAGGAAGAGGGAGUGGACGAAGAGGUAGGAGCGGGCGGUCUUAAACGCAACGCACCAAAAGUGGAAGCUUUCAACCUCAGAGAGGAAAUGGAGGAGGGUCGCUUUGAUCAAGACGGCAACUACGUUCGCAAGGCCAACGAUCCAGAUGCUAUGCAUGAUAGUUGGCUCGAAGGCUUUAGCAAAAAGGAGAUGAAGAAGGCGGCAGCAGCGCAUGAAAAGCGCGAGGCAGAAGCUCGAGAGAGACGCAUCCAGGAAGAUGAGGUCUUGGUUUCAGAGCUGCUGGCAACGUUGAUCCGGCGGCUAGAGAAAACGGAGACCCCCUUGGAAGCUCUAGCUCGGUUGGGCAAAGACAAGACAAGGACCAAAAAGAUCCCCAAGUGGAAGCUCAAGAAGAUGAACAAGGGUGCAGAAGCUAUGGAAACAGAUCAAGAAGCGACAGUCGACCCAAAACAAGUCGAGGUUAGGCAAGCUAUCGACGCCAUUACGGAUGCGGCUGAUAAACUACUGAGCCGCGGACACGAGGAGAUUUACGAUCAAGAGAGAGAGCUGCUGGUUCGUGAAUAUCGACGUGAGACCGGAGAAGAUUGGGUCGACGCCAAAGAGGAAGAUCAGCCGGCCGCCACGGCCGACGACGACGACAACGACGUCUCUGUUCCAGCUAACGGCACCAUGUGGGAGUUUAGAUGGACGGACGGGCGUGACAAUGCUGCAAAGCAAGGUCCUUUUGACGGCCCCACGAUGAAAGCUUGGCAGGAUGCCGGAUACUUUGGCCAAGGCGUCGAAUUCCGGGCUGUCGGCGGAGCUGGAGACGAAGAGCAGGCGAGCAAGCAAAGAGAAAAGUGUACGAGUACUGUACGUGUGAGAGCCGAGCGAGCAGACAAGCGAGCGGGUAGAGCCGCUCCCUCGCGUUCUUGUGGCUUAAUUUUCGUGCCGGGCAGACUUGUGAAAGUGGGAACAUGGGCAUCUCCAAGCAGCAUCUCGUUGGUCGCCUCUGGGCAGUUUAAGGCUCUGCACGUCCGUCCCGGCGCCUCUGCCGCGGCUAAAGAAGGGCACGGCACUGGGCAGACGAGAAUGCAACCGCAGAUGGUUCCUGGAACUCCCGAUCUCAACGGGGCCGGACGGGCUGCCCAUGGGGCGAUCUGGGGUCGCAGGCUUCUCCAAGAUCCCACAAGCCGUAACGCUCCGGCGCUUGUAUUCCGCAAAGGCCCUAGGGGAAGCGCGAUGGCAGCCGAGCUUUGCCGCCUGGAUGCAGCGGGAUGCAGGGACCGCUGCGUUGACAUGUACGAGUAG